GCACAACACUAUGACGUUUUUACUAUGCGACGCCGUCGGCGAAUGAUAACUGCAGUAGUAGACAUGUUUCAACGUUAAAAACAACAUCCAUAUAUUUUUUUACACGGUAGCGGAUUGGCUAGUAGUCUUAUCAAACCAUUGAAAAUGUUGUUUAAGCUUUUUUGGAAGUGACUUUGUGAGUUUCAUGUCAGCGGUCUCUUGUCGAUAACAAACGUGUUGUCGAUCAGUAUCUAAAUCGAUGUACGGACAAAAUGACUCUCCCAGCUUUGCACAACACCGGCGUGCUUUACAGAAGAAUUUUGUCACAAUUCCCACAGGAUAUCAGUUUAGCUUUCGCCUAUGGAUCUGGUGUUUUUAAACAGCAAGGAACCAGCCAAGGUCAAAUGGAGAAAAACAUGCUGGACUUUGUGUUUGCGGUGGAUGAUCCAGUCACUUGGCACACCAUGAAUUUAUUGCAGAACCGUAAACAUUACUCCAUCCUUAAACUACUUGGGCCUGCCAUGAUCAGCUCCAUACAGAGUGACCACGGCGCUGCUAUGUACUACAACACGCUAGUUCCCAUGGACGGGAGGAUUAUCAAAUAUGGUGUGAUAAGCACUGAGUGUCUCAUUGAUGAUCUCAUGCACUGGAAAACCAUGUAUGCUGCAGGACGGCUUCACAAACCGGUGAAGUUACUGGGGCAGGCUGACAAUGGGAAGCUGCGUGCCGCUCUUGUGGCCAACCUCAAGAGCGCUGUAACGGCUUCAUUCCUUAUGCUACCCGAGAGUUUUAGUGAGGAAGAGCUUUUCUUGCAGAUAGCGGGCCUGUCUUAUGCCGGUGAUUUCAGGAUGGUGAUUGGAGAGGAUAAAUCCAAGGUGGCCAACAUUGUGAAUGACAAUAUUGAGCAGUUCCGGAUUCUCUAUAGCAACAUCUUACGGGACUGCCCGCAGGUGGUCUACAAGCCCCAACAAGGAAAAUUGGAGGUUGACAAAAGCCCAGAGGGCCAGUUCAUCCAGCUGAUGGCGUUGCCUCGCACCCUGCAGCAGAGGAUCACCAAGCUGGUGGACCCUCCCGGGAAGAACAGGGAUGUGGAGGAGAUCCUGCUGCAGAUGGCUCAGGACCCCGACUGUGGAACAGUUGUGCAGCAGGGCAUCGCUUCUAUUGUGAAAUCAUCCAGUAUUACACAAAGUAUCAAAGGCAUCGCAACAGCAGGCAUGUGGAAGACAGUGUCCUACAGCUCGAAGAAGCUACUAAAGAUGUGGAAGGGCUGGAGGAGGAAACCAUCUGUUCCGCAGACUUCCUGAACCACGUUCCUUGGAAUCUGUCAAACUUCUUCUUGGUUUAAAACAUGAACUGAGACUAGAACAUUCAAUUACACUCUUCUCUAAUUAACUCUACGAGUACGAAACAUAUUGAGACUCUAAGGUGAGAAACACAAUAAUCAGGAAAUAAACUUGCCGUGAAACCAGUCCUCAAAUAGUGGGGGCAUGCCCACUUGUGGUGUGUGUGACCCCAGGGAACAUGGUCCCACCCUUCACUGUAUUAGAAUAAAGUAUAAUUGCAUAUCCACUGCAACAUGUGACAGU